AUGAAACCUCCAAAGCCAGGGUUUGGCAAUGGGAAUGGAAUCGGAGCUGGGGCCUUCCCAGGAGUUGGAGCCCACCCAGGCUUGGGAGCCGGUAUGAAGACUCAGAAGCCAGGAUUCGGCAAUGGAAAGAGCCUGGGGGCUCAGCAAAGCUUUGGAGGAGUUGGAAAACCCCAGAAACCAGGAAUUAGGGAUGGUAAUGGGCUGGGAGCUGGGGCCUUCCCAGAAACUGGAGUCCAGCCAGGCAUUGGAGAAGGACAAAGACCCCAGAAGCCAGGUCCUGCAUCUCAGAAUGGCUAUGGACCAGGCAGGAGCAGGACUGGGCUCCUUGGGAGGCCCCAAAUGGGAAUCCCAGGUCCUUCACCUUGAUCUUUGUCUCUCCUCUAGACUAUGGAGGUGUGAAGUCCCAGAAGCCAGGAUUCGGGAAUGGGAAUGGACUUGGCCUGGGAGCCCAGUCAGGUCCCCCAGCUCAGAAUGGCCAUGGACCAGGCAUCAGAGGGGGCAUGAAACCUCCAAAGCCAGGGUUUGGCAAUGGGAAUGGAAUAGGAACUGCAGCCCAGCCAGGCCUGGCAGCCCAGAAUGGAUUUGGAGCAGGCUUUGGAGGGGGCAGGAAAGCCCAGAAACCAGGAUAUGGGAAUGGAAACGGACUGGAUGUCCUGCCAGGAGUUGGCGGGAAGCCUCAGAAGCCAGGCCCUGCCACUCAAAAUGGCUAUGGACAAGACUAUGGAACAGACAUGAAGCCCCAGAAGCAAGGAUUUCGGAAUGGGCAUGGGCUUGGAAUCCAGCUGGGGUACAGAAAUGGACUGGGAGCUAGAGCCUUCCAAGGCCAAGGCCAAGAGUCAGGUAAGGAGCACAGAAGGGGAACAAGGCACCUCAGGCACAGAUGGUCCUGGGAAG